AUGCCACACUGCCCAGCAACACCGCCUGGGCCGCUCAACAAUACCGCCUGGGCCGCCCAACAACACCGCCUGGGCCGCCCAACAACACCGUCUGGGCCGCCCAGCAACACCGCCUGGGCAGCCCAACAACACCGCCUGGGCCGCCCAACAACACCGCCUGGGCAGCCCAACAACACCGCCUGGGCAGCCCAACAACACCGCCUGGGCCGCCCAACAAUACCGCCUGGGCCGCCCAACAACACCGCCUGGGCCGCCCAACAACACCGCCUGGGCAGCCCAACAACACCACCUGGGCAGCCCAACAACACCGUCUGGGCUGCCCAACAACACCGCCUGGGCCGCCCAACAACACCGCCUGGGCAGCCCAACAACACCGCCUGGGCAGCCCAACAACACCGCCUGGGCCGCCCAACAACACCGCCUGGGCAGCCCAACAACACCGCCUGGGCCGCCCAACAACACCGCCUGGGCCGCCCAACAACACCGCCUGGGCCGCCCAACAACACCGCCUGGGCAGCCCAACAACACCGCCUGGGCCGCCCAACAACACCGCCUGGGCAGCCCAACAACACUGCCUGGGCCGCCCAACAACACCGCCUGGGCAGCCCAACAACACCGCCUGGGCCGCCCAACAACACCGCCUGGGCCGCCCAACAACACCGCCUGGGCCGCCCAACAACACCGCCUGGGCCGCCCAACAACACCGCCUGGGCAGCCCAACAACACCGCCUGGGCCGCCCAACAACACCGCCUGGGCCGCCCAACAACACCGCCUGGGCCGCCCAACAACACCGCCUGGGCAGCCCAACAACACCGCCUGGGCCGCCCAACAACACCGCCUGGGCCGCCCAACAACACCGCCUGGGCCGCCCAACAACACCGCCUGGACAGCCCAACAACACCGCCUGGGCCGCCCAACAACACCGCCUGGGCCGCCCAACAACACCGCCUGGGCCGCCCAACAACACCGCCUGGGCCGCCCAACAAUACCGCCUGGGCCGCCCAACAACACCGCCUGGGCCGCCCAACAAUACCGCCUGGGCCGCCCAACAACACCGCCUGGGCCGCCCAACAACACCGCCUGGGCAGCCCAACAACACCGCCUGGGCCGCCAAACAACACCGCCUGGGCCGCCCAACAACACCGCCUGGGCCGCCCAACAACACCGCCUGGGCAGCCCAACAACACCGCCUGGGCAGCCCAACAACACCGCCUGGGCCGCCCAACAACACCGCCUGGGCCGCCCAACAACACCGCCUGGGCAGCCCAACAACACCGCCUGGGCCGCCCAACAACACCGCCUGGGCCGUCCAACAACACCGCCUGGGCAGCCCAACAACACCGCCUGGGCCGCCCAACAACACCGUCUGGGCCGCCCAACAAUAG